AAGUGGGUAACUGUUGGAAACGCUGCCUCCCGACUUGUUCGUUGUACAAACAGGGAAGUUAAAAGUUUCUCGUCUCGUCGAAUUCGAGCUUUGACGGCAGUUUUCCUGCUAUAAACAGUCCUUACUGUUAGUGAAUAGGGUAGUUUUGCUGGCUGCUAGUAAAACCAUUCUAAUGCACAAGUUGCGACUCAAGAAUGUACAGUUUUCACUGAAAUGAGAGGAUGGCAGACAAGGUUUUGGAUGGAGGGCCAUGGACAGGAUGUGCCGUUCUGUUUCUGCAGUCGCUCUGUCCGGAUGCAAACCUGCUCUCUCUCUACAAAGACCAACAGGGAAAGUUCAUCUUCUUUAAAGUUAUCAAACUGACACUCAUAGAUUCAGCAGGCGGGCUCGCUGGUUAUGAGAUACUAAAGGUUCACGAUGCUGAUCCCUUCCUUGGAGUGGAGGUGAAGUUUAUGGAUAUAGCAGCCUGUCAGCACUUCCUGGAGAGCUACAGCUCAGGAGCAAUGCGGCAGUCCAUCUCCCAACAUGCCUGUCGACUUCUGGCGCUGUCACAGGAGUUCAACGUGGAGACCCAGCUUAAGGCCGGUACCCAGGUCCUGGAUCAAUGUCUGGACAAGCUGGAACUUUGUCUACAGCAUAUCCACCUGUCACAACCAGAACGCCUCCGUGAUGAAGAGAUCGAUCAGCUUGAGAAGCAGCUGGAGUGUGAGGUCCACUGGCCUGCCCCCCAGCGGAACCCUGUCAUACAGGAAGUUCCUAGCAACUGCUUCAAGUUUCAGAAUAAAGUGUUUGAGGAUAGAAUGCUGACGGCAGCAGAUGUUCAGAGCUUCGCUAAUGGAGUCGGCCGUCAGUGGAAGCAUGUGGGGAGGACCCUGGGGAGGGACUGCCGCGCUCUACAGGAUACGGCCAUUGACAAUCUGGCCUACGAGUAUGCCAGAGAGGGCCUGUACGAGCAGGCCUAUCAGCUGCUCAGCCGCUUCCUCCAAGCGGAGGGAAGGGCGGCCAAGCUGAGCCGGCUGGUCAAAGCACUGGAGUACUGCAAACUCACCGGCCUUGCUGAAACUAUUCUGGACGUACACCCACAAGACUAACGCUGGGCACUUUUGUGCUUGUGUGAUCACAGCGAUGGAGUCACGGUGAAGGGGGAGGGUGGGGGUGUCUCACCUCUGUUGACUUCCUGCUUUUACAUACAGAAUGCCUGCUCUCUAUUUGGUGACUGUGUGUAUGUGUGUGUGUACUUGCUUUCAUUACUUUUAUUUAGAUGAAGUCCUGCUGUGUGUAUGUGUGUGUGUGUGUGGGUGUGUGGAGUCGUCUCUGUCCUAUGUCAACUCUGUUUUUGCUUUACAGAUGGAAUCUCAUUUCUAAUGACUGCACAACUUGAGGUUAUUCAUUUUCCCCCUAUAAAAUGGGUGCACACAAAUUAAAUGGUUUUAAAAAAAGACCUUCUCAUGUUUGUGUUUGAUGCAUUAGUGUAAUUAAAUCUGAUCAUUUUGUCCAAAUUCCCCCAGGUAUAAAUUAGUGUUAAUCCUCCAUCCAGUCACUCACUCACUCACUCACACACACA